UUGCAGUGCGGAUCAUGGACAUAUCAAUCUGAUAUUAUAAACUUGUUGGUGGAGAAGGAAGAAAUAGAUUUAGGAGAUUUCUAUGAUAAUCAAGAAUGGUUAUUGCUGGAUGCUCGGUUAUACAAUGGAACUACUCGACACAUCCCAUUAUCAAAUGAAUCAUUCUCCAUGGUAUACAUGGAGUUGGCUUUAAAGCGACAAAGCUUCUAUUAUGUUUUCAAUUUAGUUUUUCCCACAACUUUGGUCUCGCUAGUAGCUGUUAUCGGAUUUCAUGCUCCUAUUAAUGCAACCGGUCGACGUGAAAGCAAGUUUCGUUUAGGCAUUAUGACAUUGCUCUCAAUGUCUGUCAUGCUUCUUAUGCUUGUUGGAGAAAUGAAGUUCGCUAUGGAAAGUGUACCCGGUCAAAGAGGGUCUUUCAGUGAUGUCCCUUUACUAGGAAUUUACUAUAUGACAUUAAUAUUCAUAAUAAGCAUAUCCACGUGUACAUCAUCCAUAUUUGUUCAUCUGGAGAAGUAUGCUCUGCGUAAUCCUACAAUAACUGCGGUACCCAGUUAUUUACGAUGGCUGGCAGCAAAGAAACUUUUUUGUUGUUAUGUCCCAAAAGGAUUUGGUUAUGGAAAAGAAGAAAUUGUUCGAAACAAUAACAUUCAAGUCAGCUCAAUUCACUCAUCGCCUGAUUUGGCUGCAAACAAGAAGCUUAUACCAAAAGAGGUUAAUUUCACUGAAAUCAAUAAGGAUGCACCCUUACAUGGAGAAGUACUGUUAGAAGGUCAUCCAGGAUCAAAUAACAAAUAUGAUAUUGUCAUUAAUCUAUUGCGGGAGAUUGUAAGCUUGAAAGAAGCUACCACACAUCAGAAUCAACUGCGACCAUAUUGGGAAAGAAUUCUAAAGCGAUUGGAAACAAUCUCAUUGACAUUUUAUUUGACACUCAUUGGUAUCAAUAUAACUCUAUUUCUUUAUCCUGAACUGUGGUAUUGA